CUAGAAGUAAUCGAAGCUGUGAUGAACGAGAUCGGAACUGAUGGAAUCGGAAUCAGACUUUCUCCGUUCGCCAAUUACAUGGAAUCAGGAGAUUCAGAUCCAAAAGAGACAACUGUUCUUGGCUAAUCCUAAUUUGCCUAGAAGUCAUGGGUUCACGACAGUUGUCCUGAAGCCUAGUAAUAAACUCUUAUCUCCUCCUCCAAUGGCGGUCAACUCCAAUCCUCGCUUCCUCUCUUCGUCUUCAGUGCUCGUCACUUGCGGUUUUGAAGUGAAAUGGCAUGGAUUCUCCUUGAAACCAACGACGAAGACGGUGAAGCUCUUGGUUAAGUCCCGCCAAACAGAUUACUGCGAAGCAGAGAUUCGAUGACUCUUCUUCUUCUUCUUCUUAUUAUUCUUGGCCUUCAUACUCCUUGCAAAAUGGGUAAUUUAAUUUCGACAACAAAGUAUAAUGUUUUCA